UGAAGCACGUCAUAGAGGGGUUUGUUACUCUCUUAUUCAAAUCUCGAAUUACGUCGCGAGCGAAAUUCAAUUUACAAUUACAAAAAAAAAUUAACAAUAGCAAAAAAUUGUUGCUGUGUCCUUACCCUAAGAUUUGCAUAGAGUUAGAAAUAAUUAAGACGGAGCAGUGCGGUUUAAAAAAAUUAAAGUUUUUUUUUGUGUACUGAUUUGUGAAUGUGACAUACCGAAUUUGUGUAGUGAUUUGAGUGUUGGUGAUUUGGACUUGAGUGCUGUUUUCGGAAUUUGGAUUUCUGAAAGUUAUUUUGUGAGUUGGAGGUCUUCUGAUUGGCUCUACCUACGCAAAGUAUAAUAGAGCAUUUUAAAAAGCUGAGAAGAUAAUGUGGAUGAAGAUGUUCAUCAUAAUGUAGAAAUGUACAAACAUCUCAAAGUGUUAGUCAUAGAGACUUAGUGAGUGUAGUGUGAAGUGUAGUGAUGUUGUCGUGAGGCCGAGGCCAUGUGGAGGCCGUGCGGACCUGUGUCGUGGGCCUGGCUGUUGCUCGCGGGCCUCACCGCGGCCUACACCGACACCGAGGACUUCCUCAGCGAUUUGGAUAAGCCAGUGCCAACAUCAGACGUCCAAGGCGUGCUGGGGAAGAAGGCGUCUCUUCCCUGCGACAUCCAGCCGCUGCACUCCGACGACGCUGUGGUCAUGGUGCUGUGGUUCAAGGAGUCGGAUGGAGAGCCGCUAUACAGCUACGACAUCCGAGGCCGCUCCUACAACCAGCCAAAGCUCUGGUCAUCACCACUGGUCUUCGGCAACCGCGCGUACUUCAGAGGAGGAGCAACACCAGCAGUGCUGAUGGUUGACAACGUGAUGGCGGCUGAUGCUGGCGUCUACAGAUGCAGAGUAGACUUCAAGAACUCGCCCACUAGGAAUCUGAAAGUCAAUUUUACUGUUAUAAUACCACCGAAUCGGCCAACGAUAUACGAUGCGAAAAGAAGAGAUCGCACGAAAUUAGUGGAGCCAUAUAAUGAAGGAUCUAAUGUACUUCUUAUUUGCGAAGUGGAAGGAGGUAGACCGCGGCCAAGAGUGACAUGGUACCUCGAGAACGUAGUAAUUGAUGACUCCUACGACCAACGAGAAGACGGACUCACAGUCAACACCCUAACGUUUCCCAACGUUGGACGACAGCACCUCAACGCCAGACUCGUGUGUCAAGCCUCCAAUACGAAUUUAGCUACGCCAGAAACUAAAGUACUUAUAUUAGAUAUUAAUUUGAAACCGAUCACCGUGAGCAUAUUGACCAAGGAGAAGCAAGUAUCAGCAGACAAAAGGUACGAAGUCGAAUGCAAGACCACGGGGUCGCGGCCCGAAGCCACUGUCACUUGGUGGAAGAACAAUAGACAACUGAAGCGGAUGGCGAAAAACUUCUCGGAGAACAACGAGACGCUCAGCGUGUUAAGCUUGGUGCCAAGCGUGGAAGACGACGGCAAAUAUUUGACUUGCCGCGCUGAGAACAAGCACAUCCCAGACUCCGCGAUAGAGGACAAGUGGAGACUCAACGUGCAUUAUGUUCCUAUCGUGGACCUCAAGAUGGGCUCCAACUUAAACCCUGAUGAGAUAAAGGAAGGCGACGAUGUAUACUUCGAGUGCACGGUCAAAGCCAAUCCGAAGACACAUAGACUUGUUUGGUUUCAUGAUAACACAGAGAUCUUCCACAACGAAGCUGCGGGGGUCAUCCUCAGCGCCCAGAGCCUGGUCCUGCAGAGUGUCACCAGGGCUGCCGCAGGCGACUACACUUGUAUGGCUGCAAACAGUGAAGGCAAAGGCACUAGCAACCCUGUAUCUUUGUUAGUACGAUAUGCUCCAGUAUGUGCAGAAAGAAGAGACAACGAGCUGUUUGGCGCUCUCAAGCACGAAACAGUGUCGUUGCACUGUUCUGUCGACGCUAAUCCUGCUCUGGUCUCCUUUCAUUGGACCUUCAAUAACUCAGGGGAACAGACUGAAAUACCUCCGAGAUUGUACAGCAGUCAUGGCCACACGUCUACCUUGAACUACACUCCUACUACGGACAUGGAGUAUGGCACUCUGGCAUGCUUUGGCGAGAAUGCGGUGGGGCAACAGAAGGUGCCGUGUUUAUUCCAGUUAGUGGCUGCGGGUCGUCCAUUUCAUCUACAAAACUGCACGGUGGCGAAUCAAAGCCUGGACUCCUUGUACGUUGAAUGCGUCGAGAACUUUGACGGAGGACUUCCACAGACCUUCUUGAUGGAGUUACUGGAAUUGCCGUCACUUAAGGUACGCUACAACGUGUCCACCAAUCGGACGCCCCCUUACUUUGAAGUGCGUGGCCUUCCACCGGGUGUCAGCUACAGGAUCGACCUGUACGCCGUCAACGCCAAGGGCCGGAGUGAUGUGUCCACCAUAGAGACCGUCACUUUGAAGGGACAAGCUAAAUUCACCGGUGAGAGCAACUCCCUGGGAAUGUCUCCAGUGCUAGCGUCUAUAGCAGCAAUGUCAGCUCUCCUAGCGGCGGCGGUGUGCGGCGUGCUGGCGGUUCUGUACAAACGUCACGCAAACAGACAUAGGCAUCUGCCUGCGAAACAUGCUCCCUUGAGUGAAGCAAUGUAUGCAGAGCGCAAUGCGCAAUGCAGCACGCCGGUGAAGGCGGAGGUGCGAACCGUACCCGAUCCGGACCCGGCGGACGACGCGGAUCCGGACAUUAUACCUAACUUAUAUGAGAGGAGGCCGGUAUCAAACGGCUACAUGAGCUUACAGCGGCCGCCAUCCACCACCAAGAUCCGAGAGCUAGGGGAAGAUGCGCGCUCGGAACCCGACGGGGGAGGGUACUAUGCUGACUUCAGGAAGAAGGACUAUAAGAUGCCUUUGACCAGCUCCUACCACAGCCUUAACCGCGUGAACAAGGGCGUGAACGCGUGCAGUCCCAGCGGUGGGGUGACGUCAUCGCUCACGGCGCACCGGCUCCGACCCGAGGUCGUCACGACAUCGCAUCGGGUGCAAGAGAGUUGUAUAUAAACUAGGAAUAGAAAUAGAGGGAGCAUUGUGAUGAUUUAAAAUUAAUGUUAUUUUAUUCUAUAUUUAUAUUAUGUUAUGAUUAUACUGUCUUUAUUCCACCAUAAUUUCUAAAUGCUGAAAACUUUGGAUGUAUAAUAUCAUUAGAAUCCUUAUAUGAUCCCGAGUUGAUCCCUAGUUGAAUUUGAAAAAAUUCAAUAUGGUGACUUUAUGGUGCCAUUUUCAAAUGCCAAUAUUGUUUUUGGCCGGCAAUCGAUUUUUUUUUUGUUUGAAUCAAUAUAUAACAUUUUUAUUCUGCCUUAAAAUGCUUAUACUUGCUCGAUUUUUGAAAAUCGAUCAUUUUGUGUAGUUUGGAACGACCUGUCUAUACCCUAUCCGUGGAAUGAAGUAUAGCAUAGCAUAACGCUCUCUGUUACGUAAUCCGAUAUAAAUGAUAAAGAUAAAAUCUCAGGGGCGCUAACUAUUUAGAGUAACCAACCAACUACAAACGAAACUAUGUUUAUAUAUUGAAUUUCGAAUGUUUUUGAACACAUGUUUGUGAUUGAUGGGU